ACAAGGAAAGAGAUGAAAUCAUCUUCUCGGACGUCGUUUUCUUCGUUACCGGAGGAGAUUGUUCUCCACUGUUUGGCUCGUGCGUCGAGAUUUUCUCGUCCAACUCUAUCCUUAGUAUCUAAAUAUUUCCAGUCUCUCAUAGCGUCACCUGAGCUCGAGGCCACACGAACACGCAACAGAAUAACAGAAGAUUACCUCUACGUUAGCUUAGACUUGGAUAAAGAAAACCCUAACCCUAGCUGGUUCACAGUUUCCUUAAUACCCAAGCAACAAAAACUCAAACCUGUCCCUUCGUUUCCUCAUCAACAUCCCAAAUCCUCGAGUGUUGUUUCAAUCGGUUCAGAUAUUUACAUAAUCGGAGGAGUCGUGAAUGGACUGAGAAGCAAUAGAGUGUUGAGUCUUAAUGGUCGAACUCAUCAAUGGCUUAUACUCCCAAACAUGCUUCAACCUAGAGAAGCUCCAGCUGCUGAUGUAAUCGACGGUAAGAUCUACGUGAUUGGAGGCUCUGGUUCUAACUUUAUACAAGAUGUGGGAGAGGUUUAUGAUCCAAAUACCCAAACUUGGGAGCCAAUACUACCAACAACACUAAACCUCACCACUCAAAUGAAUGUGGUGCCAGGUAAAUUAGUAAUGAAUGAAAAGGUUUAUGCCAUGAAUGGUUUGAUGGUUAACUUGGAGAAGAAGAUUUUCUUGUUCGAUAACACUUUGCGUCUAAUGUCUGUAUCCAAUCAAAACCUUUUUUGGAAUGAUCCAAAGCAAGAUUCGGCGUGGAGGCUGUCGAGGGUGAGUCGCUCUCAAGAUCACCAUUGCACUAAGGAUUGUAAAACGGAGGUUUGGUGUGCGGAGGUUUCGUUUGAGAGACGCGGUUUAGAAGAAGUUUUGGGAUUCGUUGAAUGGACUAAGAAUGUGUUUACCUUUGAGGGAUGUGACACUCGGUCUGAUUUCUUUUUGCAUUCUGAGAUUAUCUCACAUUGA